AUGUCUGAAGGAAGAGUCAAUUUAUCUCCUGAAGAAAUGAACACCGAGGUGGAUGAGGCACUAUUUCUUGAUGAGGCUCUUGUGGAGAGCCCACGCAGGGCUUCGGCCGAGAGGACCAUGGCGUCCCGCCCCCGGACAUACGGCCUCACUUCUGAGUUAGUCAGAGCCGACGACCUAGCAUUCGAGACAGGCCCGGGUGAUACUGAAGAAAGGCAGUAUCACUUCACAACAACAUCCGACGGAAGUGCUGCACAGGUGAUUACAACCAACACUUCUGUUCACAUAAUCCCUAUUGAUAGGAGUUAUCAUCGGGAGAAUCAGGGUCGGGAGGGGAAGCCUCUAUACGACGUCACCCAGAACGGCCUCAAGUUCAAGGGCAAUGUCAAGAGCAUCAAGUUCAUGAUAAACCAAGCUACGUCGAGGCCAGACCCGUACGUUUCUGGAAAUUCGCAGUCACAAGGCCAGGGGAAGCAGGACUGCGGAUUUGUCAACCAGGCUGGGGCGCUGUUUUUUCAAUCAGUUUCCGAUUCCGAAGGCGAAGUGAGGCAAUCUGUGACAGGGAAAGACAUUUUUAAAAUCAAACAGGCUGCGGUAGAAGUUGAGGGCGAGGCCACUAAAUUUUUCUUCAACACUAUUGACCAACGCGUCUUUUAGAAAUUCCAUAGCACAUUCGGUUCUUGUAACUCAAUAUCUUGAUAAUCAGA